CUCUGUAAAAAUGGUCAUAAACGGCUUGCAAUCUGCCGGGUUUGAGAGGCCCAAGUGAAGAGAAAGGCUUAGCUGACCGGCCGACGAAAGCAGCGGCCUUGCCCUUAGCGACGCGAGGAUCCAGUUCGCGUUUUUCCUCCGUCUGUUCCUUGGAUGAGGAUUCCUUCUUCGCGGAGCUCGGAAGUCCUUGAGUCGAAGCGCGAGGGGGGAGCGCAAGAGGGAGCUCCGAGGGGGACGCCCUCAAGCAUGAGACAGCCGAGGGCGAAGGCUGUGGCUAGCGUGACGUCACGAGGGAGCGACAGGAGGGUCAGCGAGGAAAGCCAAUGACAGACUCUCCAGCGCAGACAGAGCGCCCUUCUCGCACGCACCUCCUCCUCCAGGGACACGCGGACCGGAAGCGCAGAAGGGAGUAAGCCCCGCCGGUAAAGGCAGCCGGCACGCAGCGCUUCGAACGAGGCCGGCCUCCUGCAGCAGGCCACGAACCCCGCGGCGCCUGACAUGGCUCGCAGCUCCUCCAACGGGCGGUCCUCCGCCGUGUCCUCCUCCUCUAGCAACAGUACAGAGACCAAGAUGGCGACCGCCCCCGGAGCCAACAACAACAAGAAGAAACAGAAGAAGUUCGGCGUGUUCAAGUCGAACCUGCCGAGGAACCUGAAGGAGAACUCGCGCGCGGAGCUGCUGAGCCCGUGCGCGGACGAGGUCCCUUCGCCCAAGGACGCCAGCAUCAGCGGCGGCGUCCUGCACAUCCCCGCCAGCGGCUCCUCGCCCUCGCCGACGUCCCUGUCCCCCGAGGCCUUCCUCACCGACACCAGCGCCGCCGGCAAGAAGGACGUCUCCUGCUGCAACGGCGCCGCGCCAAACACCGUCAGAAUCGUCAGAACCCACAGAUACAGAAGAUGGAAAGAGCGUCUACUCACGGGCAGUGUGUUGGUGUUGCUGCUGGUCAGUUCAAGUUUAGUCACAUAUAUCAUAACAGAUCACCUGCAGGAGGUUCCGGAGCCGGCGAAGGAGGUGUGCACAACCCCCGAGUGCCUCCGCGCCGCCUCCCGCCUCCUCGACCGCAUGGACCGCACCGUCUCCCCUUGCAGCGACUUCUACCAGUUCGCCUGCGGGAAUUACCUGCACGAGAACGUUGUCCCUGACGACUCGCUCUACCGCUCCGCCAUGCAAGAGAUGCAGGAGGAUGUGCUCGUCAUUAUCAAAAAGAUGCUGGACGCACCGGCAGGCGACAAUGAGACGGACGCUUUCGGGAAAGCCAAGAGACUCUACCACUCCUGCAUGAACACUAGCUUCACGGUGCACGAGAAGGACAUGGCAGACUCCCCGAUCUUCGACCUCCUGACGGCGGAGCAGCUGGGGGUGUGGCCUCUGCUCACCCUCGAGUGGGACGAGAACGAGUACGACCUCGAGAGGAUCCUGGCGGAGCUCUCCCUCUACCAGGUGCACACUCUCCUCGACUCGUACAUCACGCCGGACGAAAGGAACUCGACCAUGUACACGCUGCAGUUCUUCAAGGGCUCCCCAGCGCUCGCCCGGAACUACUACCUGAACACGACCAACGAGGAAUACGCCCGCUACCUCGCCGCCUACAGGGCCCUCAUGGAGGAGACGGUGACGGCGCUCUCCCAGGGGCAGCCGCUCAACACGUCCCAUAUCGACGACCUCAUCGCCUUCGAGACUAAGUUCGCUGUGAUUUCCGACAGUCGGAACUGCGGCAGCCUGGGCGGGGGCAACAACUCGUCCGAUUCCCUGGAGGAAGACGAGGGCUCCGGCAGGAUGACGGUGGCGCAGCUCGAGGAGCUCGUGCCCGAGAUCGCGUGGGGCCGGAUGCUGCGCUACACCCUCGAGCAGUACGAGCUCGACCUCGAUGUGGAUUCCCUCAUCAUCAGCCUCCACUGCAGCGGAUAUAUACCCGAUCUGGUGAAGCUGCUCUCGGAGACGCCCAAGAAGGUGAUUGUCAACUACCUGCUGUGGAGAUUCGUCUUGCGUUACAUGCCGUACAUCAGUAACUACUUCCAGCAGUUAUGGCAACAGUUUAGGAGUGAGGUACCAGACCCGACGGAGGAACGCACCUACAUCAGUCGAUGGAAGGAAUGCGCUGCCGUAGUGAACGAGGGUUUCGGUGCCGCCCUUGCUCGCAUGUACGUCGAGAACCACUAUGAUCAGAAGAUUUCUCAGGAGAUCGACGACAUGGUGGAGGAGGUGCGCACGGCCUUCCACCUCGUGAUUGACCGGCAGGACUGGCUCGAGCAGGAGAUGAAGGAGGUGUGUAGUGACAAGCUCGACAUCAUGGGGAAGAAAAUCGGUUAUCCGGAAUACAUCGAGUCAACUGAGCUUCUAAAUGCGGAGUUCGAGGGGCUCGAGAUCCUCGAGGACCACUUCCUCAACAACAUCUUGAGGAUGAAGAAGCAUGAGGUGUGGAAGGAGCUGCAGAAACUCUCGCGUCCGGUUGAUAAAAAGAGAGAUUGGAUUAUACAGCCGCUGGUCGUCAACGCUUUCCAUAACCCGACCGCCAAUGAAAUCAUUUUGCCACUUGGGAUCCUGCGAGAACCGUUCUACAACCCCGGCUAUCCUAUGUAUCUGAACUAUGGCAGCCUCGGCGUCGUGGUCGGCCAUGAGCUCGUCCACGGCUUCGAUAACAAUGUUCCUUCAGGUAAGCGAUACGAUAAGCACGGGAAUGUGUCUCAGUGGUGGAGCGAGGACAUGGCCGAGCAGUUCACCGAGCGAGCCGCCUGUUUCGUCGAGCAGUACAGCCAGUAUCCCAUCCAGACGGUGGGCAAAAAUGUGGACGGCAACGAGACGCUCGGUGACAACAUCUGUGACAACGCCGGAGUUCUGAACGCCUGGCUGGCCUACACACGCUGGAAGGAGAGGUUUGGCGAGGAACCCUACCUGCCCGGCAUGAACUAUACCGUUCCGCAGGUGUUCUUCAUUACCUUUGCUCAGAUCUGGUGCGAGGUCGUGAGCAAGGAAGGUUAUGAAAAGUACAGCAAGGACACCCACAGUCCAGGCGUCUACCGAGCUAACGGCGUGGCACAGAAUUCCAAGUUCUUCGCAGAGACAUGGGGUUGUCCUGUAGGUUCCCCCAUGAACCCCGAGAAAAAGUGUCACCUGUGGGUUUAGAAG